CCGGAAACAGCUACUUGUGACGCUCCAAUAGCCCUCCCUCUCGCGCUGGGCGCCGGAAGCAAAACGGAAGUGGACGUGCACUAGCUUCCGGGCCCGGACGCCAUUUCUAGCGGUUGCAGGUUCUCACGAGUUGUAGUCUGCUGGGACAAUGAGCUAUGACUACCAUCAUAGCUGGGGCCGCGAUGGCGGGCCCCGCAGCUCUGGCGGGGGCCACGGGGGAAGCUAUGGAGGGGGCCAUGGAGGGGGCCAUGGAGGGAACCGAGGCUCUGGAGGCGGCGGCGGCGGAGGAGGAGGUGGUCGAGGCGGCCGAGGCCGACAUCCCGGGCACCUGAAAGGCCGCGAAAUUGGCUUGUGGUACGCGAAGAAACAGGGUCAGAAGAACAAGGAAGCGGAGAGGCAGGAGAGAGCUGUAGUACACAUGGAUGAACGUCGAGAAGAACAAAUUGUGCAGCUGCUGCAUUCAGUCCAAGCUAAGAAUGAUAAAGAUUCGGAAGCACAGAUAUCCUGGUUUGCUCCUGAAGAUCACGGUUACGGGACUGAAGCUCCUGCUGAGAGCAAACCAAACUCAGAGAAAAAACUUGAGGACCAGGAAAAGAAAUUGAUAAAUCAAGAAAAGAGGACAUUUAGAAUCAGGGACAAAUAUAUUGACAGAGAUUCUGAGUAUCUCUUGCAAGAAAAUGAACCUGAUGUAACCUUAGACCAACAACUAUUGGAAGAUUUACAAAAGAAAAAAAGUGACCCUCGGUAUAUUGAAAUGCAGCAUUUCAGGGAAAAGCUGCCUUCAUAUGGAAUGCAAAAGGAAUUAGUGAAUAUGAUUGAUAACCAUCAAGUAACAGUAAUAAGUGGUGAAACUGGUUGUGGAAAAACUACUCAAGUUACUCAGUUCAUUUUGGAUAACUACAUUGAAAGAGGAAAAGGAUCUGCAUGCAGGAUAGUUUGUACUCAGCCAAGAAGAAUUAGUGCCAUUUCGGUUGCAGAGAGAGUGGCCGCAGAAAGGGCCGAAUCUUGUGGCAAUGGUAAUAGUACCGGAUACCAGAUUCGUCUCCAGAGUCGGUUGCCAAGGAAGCAGGGUUCUAUCUUAUACUGUACAACAGGAAUUAUCCUUCAGUGGCUGCAAUCAGACUCGCGUCUGUCCAGUGUUAGUCAUAUUGUGCUUGAUGAAAUCCAUGAGAGAAACCUACAGUCAGAUGUUUUAAUGACUGUUAUUAAAGAUCUUCUCAAUUUUCGACCUGACCUGAAAGUCAUAUUAAUGAGUGCGACAUUGAAUGCUGAGAAAUUUUCAGAAUAUUUUGGUAACUGUCCAAUGAUACACAUACCUGGUUUUACUUUUCCGGUUGCGGAGUAUCUUUUGGAAGAUAUAAUUGAAAAAAUAAGGUAUGUUCCAGAACAAAAAGAACACAGGUCCCAGUUUAAGAGGGGUUUCAUGCAAGGGCAUGUAAACAGACAAGAAAAAGAAGAAAAAGAAGCAAUCUAUAAAGAACGCUGGCCAGAUUAUGUAAGGGAACUGCGAAAAAGGUAUUCUGCAAGUACUGUAGAUGUUCUGGAAAUGAUCGAUGAUGAUAAAGUUGAUCUGAAUUUGAUUGCUGCCCUUAUCCGACACAUUGUUUUGGAAGAAGAGGAUGGUGCAAUACUGGUCUUCCUACCAGGCUGGGACAAUAUCAGCACUUUACAUGAUCUCUUGAUGUCACAAGUGAUGUUUAAAUCAGACAGGUUUAUUAUUAUACCCUUACAUUCACUGAUGCCUACGGUUAACCAGACACAGGUAUUUAAAAGAACUCCUCCUGGUGUUCGGAAAAUAGUAAUUGCUACCAAUAUUGCAGAGACUAGCAUUACCAUAGAUGAUGUAGUUUAUGUAAUAGAUGGAGGAAAAAUAAAAGAGACACACUUUGACACACAAAACAACAUCAGUACCAUGUCUGCUGAGUGGGUUAGUAAAGCUAAUGCCAAACAAAGGAAAGGUCGAGCUGGAAGAGUGCAGCCUGGUCAUUGCUAUCAUCUAUAUAAUGGUCUUAGAGCAAGCCUUCUGGAUGACUAUCAACUGCCAGAAAUUUUGAGAACUCCUCUAGAAGAGCUUUGUUUACAAAUAAAGAUUUUAAGGCUAGGUGGAAUUGCUUAUUUUCUGAGUAGGUUAAUGGAUCCACCAUCAGAUGAAGCAGUGUCACUCUCCAUAAAACACCUGAUGGAACUGAAUGCUUUGGAUAAACAAGAAGAAUUGACACCCCUUGGAGUCCACUUAGCACGAUUACCAGUUGAGCCACACAUUGGAAAAAUGAUUCUUUUUGGAGCUCUUUUCUGUUGUUUAGACCCAGUACUCACCAUUGCUGCUAGUCUCAGCUUCAAAGAUCCUUUUGUCAUUCCAUUGGGCAAAGAAAAGAUUGCAGAUGCAAGAAGAAAAGAAUUGGCAAAAGAUACCAAAAGUGACCAUUUGACAGUUGUGAAUGCAUUUGAGGGCUGGGAAGAUGCUAGGCGACGUGGUUUCAGAUAUGAAAAAGACUAUUGCUGGGAAUAUUUUUUGUCUUCAAACACAUUGCAGAUGCUGCAUAACAUGAAAGGACAGUUUGCUGAGCAUCUUCUUGGAGCUGGAUUUGUAAGCAGUAGAAAUCCUAAAGAUCCAAAAUCUAAUAUAAAUUCAGAUAAUGAGAAGAUAAUUAAAGCUGUCAUCUGUGCUGGUUUAUAUCCUAAAGUUGCUAAAAUCCGACUAAAUUUGGGUAAAAAAAGAAAAAUGGUCAAAGUUUACACAAAAACUGAUGGACUAGUUGCUAUUCAUCCUAAAUCUGUUAAUGUGGAGCAAACAGAAUUUCACUACAACUGGCUUAUCUAUCACCUGAAGAUGAGAACAAGUAGUAUAUACUUGUAUGACUGCACAGAGGUUUCCCCAUACUGUCUCUUGUUCUUUGGAGGUGAUAUUUCCAUCCAGAAGGAUAAUGAUCAGGAAACUAUUGCCGUAGAUGAAUGGAUUGUCUUUCAGUCUCCAGCAAGAAUUGCCCAUCUUGUUAAGGAAUUAAGAAAAGAACUAGAUAUCCUUCUGCAAGAGAAGAUCGAAAGUCCCCAUCCGGUAGAUUGGAAGGACACUAAAUCCAGAGACUGUGCAGUACUGUCAGCUAUUAUAGACUUGAUUAAAACACAGGAAAAAGCAAGUCCCAGGAACUUUCCACCACGAUUCCAGGAUGGAUAUUACAGCUGACAACUUUUCUGUGGUGGUCUGAAACUUUGACAGCCAUUUUCCAUCAUAGUUUAAUUUUUGGCUAGAUGCCAAACCACGGGACAUGAAUAAUUUCCAUAUGUAAGGUAGAAAUCUUCAUUAGGUAGUAAAGAUGUAAUGUGCAUGAUUUAACAAUGUUAUCUGUAGCUAUUAUAAAUAUACCAUAAAAAGCAAUAUGUCUUCUGAUCAUAUAUUCUGUUGUGGUCAUGUCCACACUUUGGGAGGACUGCUCUUAUAUAUAUUGAGUGUUGUACCACUUGAGAAAUGCCUUUGUUCUUUUAAGAAAAGUUAAUCUUUCUGCCCAUAGUGACUGAAUACAGAAACCGGUAAAAAAACAGAAUGGUUAGCCAAAAAGCAGAAUCAGGUUAAAAAUUUGAACACAACCACAUUUUUAAGUAAAAUUUCUAUUAGAGGUAAAUUAAUCUGUUGUUAUAAAGCCCAGUAUUUAAUAAAAUGUACAGUGUAUAAAUCUCAUCUAGCUUUUUGGCUUGGUUUCUACAUCCAUCUAUCCUUUGGCUUAUUUGAUUUUUUUUUUUUUUUAAUCUUUUUAGAAUAUAUUUGUACCCCUUUUACUUUACCCGGUGCAGCAUAAUGUAGCAAUUGAGAACAUGAGUCUAGACUUGACCACCUAAGUUCAAAUUUCAGCUGUGACUUACCAGCUCCCUUGGGCAAGUUACUUGGCUUUUCUCUUUUCUUUAUCUGUAAAAUAAAGGUAACAGUUGUUGAGGAUCAAAUAUGUUAAUGUAAAGUGCCUAGACUAGUGUCUGGCACAUAGAAUGUAUUCACUAAAUCUUAGUUAUUAUUUGUCCCUGGAUUUUAUUUUUUUAUAGCAAUCCAUUUUACAUUCAUUUUUGUGUUCUGAGUUCUGCUUUACCCUCUUAACCAGUGGAAGCUCGCGUGACAGGGCUAGUGAUAGGCUAAUAUUUUCAGCCUUAUCAGACUGUGAUAGAUACUGUUGGUUGCUAUCCAACAGCCAUUUUUUCCUCCCCAUUCGCUUGACUGUUCAGGUGUUCUCCCUCUACAUAGCCUUGUGCCCAGGGGUAUUAGACUCUCUUCCUCAAGGGUAACUCGGACUGUUAAGCCAGUUCUGCAUGGUCUUAUUCUUAGAAGUAACUGAUGAGGCAUGAGUAUGUGAACCUGUGUUGUCAAUAGCAACUGACGAGUGACCUGCGAGAGGGCAUCUGAGAAAGAUUUUCCUCACUAGUAGAUUUAGAGGAGGAAAUUUUCUCCUGUGGACAUUGUCUUAUCUGAAUCUGGCACUGCUGUAGCCAUUUUAGGAUUCCAGGGGAUAAUGAUGUUGGCUCAGUGGAAAGAUAUAAAUCACUACAGUCCUUGAUAAUGCUAGUGAGCUGCUGAAUUAUCCAGUUCUAGAUUUGCCUUGCACGUGGACUUAUUUUAAUAUCAUAAACCCUUCUUCAUUGAGUUAAGCCACUUUUAGGUAGUAUAUUGUGUAUAACUUGGCAGAAAGCAUAUUAACUGAAAUACAUGGUCUCCAUCAUUGAGUGUUUGCUGCGGCCUCUGUUUCUACCAUUUCUUUUGUGAUCUAACAGUUUGAACCACAUGUCUGACAAAAGGUGUAAAAGUAGUGAACCUGAACAUACCGCAAAAAGAAAUAAAAGAACAUCCUGCUGCACUCUAAAAAAUUCAAAUUUUACUGUGCCUUCCAAUAAAUGUAAGGAAACCAAAGGAAGAGUAUCGAAUAAUAACUGGGAUUUAUUCAUAAUGCUAUGGUGAUCUGAGUAACAGCACUGGUUCAGGUACUGCUCUCAUUUCUGGGAAUGUGUGUCAACCUAUCCUUAUUAUCUAAAGGUUUUGAAUGUACUGUGUCCUAAGUCCAUUCUCUUGGCUAGUCUCCCAAAAGUGAUCUUUUACUGAAUUCUUGCAUUGAGUCCUAUGACAAUAUUGUGGUUUUGUCCCUAAACUCAAGGUGACCUGACCAUUGGGUCCCAUUUGCUCUAUGAGUGUUUUUAUGUCUGCGUAUGUGUGUUUUUUCUUGCUUUUACUCUCCAGUUUAAAUUCACAGUAGGCCAAAAUGGUCUUGGAAGAAAGCAUUUAAAGAAUCUCUUUAAAAAAAAGGGAUUAUUACUUAAUUGGUUCCAUGUUCCCAAACCAAUAUUUAAUCUCCAUAUGAAUGAGGAAAAUGUUCCUAAAGAAUUGUUUAAAUCAGCGAUUGAGAGAGAUUAAAGCGGUUACUAUCACUCUCAAUUUAUGUCUUCUGUACAGCUGAUCAGGAUGGAAAUCUUGAUUGAAGGUGCUAUUUGUGUUGUUUCUUUUGUUUACAAAAUAGUAUAUUACUGAGUGGAAAAUUUGUUCCAGAUCUAAGUACUCUUUGUUAUUUAGUAGUUUUAAAGAAUCAAGACAUUUAAAAGAAAAAUCUAUUUGCCUCACCAUUCUUAGCAAUACCUAGAAUUCUUGAACUCUUGAACUCUGUCUAGAAUAACUAAGAAACUUGGGUGGGUGGGGGGGACAAAGAAACCCCUGAGUAAUCUUUAAAAUGUGUCUUUGAAAAGUGAAUGCAUGUAAUGCUUCCUAAUUCAUUAACUUGGGCAAAAGCUCUAGAUAUGUUUAUACCUGUUACAGGUGAUUUUCUGUUCUUCCUAUAUUUUUAAAACAAAGUCCACCCUAAAAGCUAGAAAUUAUUGAAAAGCCUUAGAAUGAAUUUAUUUUAGUACCCCUUCACCCAAAGUAAAUCAUAAAUUUUCUUCCACUCUUUUAGCUCUGUGUUUGUGUAUAUUUAUUUUUAAGUAAUUGUGAUCAUGUGGUAUCAUCAUAAUAUGCUAAUUGUUUUUAAAUAUUUUCUGAUUUUAAGACAGUAAACCCUUAUUUGUAGAAUAUUUGGGAAUUGAAUAUAUGAAGAAAAGCAUGUUACCACUGUUACCUUUUCAUGUAUUUCCAUGCUUUUUUUUUUUUUUUUUUAGCUUUAAGGAAGUAUUUUAUAUAUAAUAAAAUUUGCCAAUUCAAGUAUAUAAUCCCAUGAAUAUUGUCAACGUAUAAAGUCAUGUAAUGCCUGCCACCAUAAUCCUGACAUAGAACAUUCCCGUCACCUAAGUUUUCCUUUUCCCCUUUGCAGUCAGUCCCCUGCCUCUAUUCCUACUCAUUGACAACCAUUGAUCUGCUAUUUGUCACUAUUUUUGCCUUUUCUAGAAUUUCCAAUAAAUGGAAAAUCAUAUUUA